AUGGCUGGGCUCGUUGUCUGGAGAGCCUCUCCCUAUCUACCACUCUCGCCCAUAUUUUCUUUCCUGUCAUUCCAUCACCGUGCCAUCCCACCCCUCCCUCUCUCACAGCUGUCCAUGCAUCACAUUCGGCCAGAACAUGGCCAUGGCUGCUGUCCAUGCAUCACAUUCGGGCAGAACAUGGCCAUGGCUGGGUUCGGCAGCUGUGCCCCCCAGGUACGCCGGGUACCCCAGGUGAGCUCUUCCAGGUUUGCUUUUGAGUCGACUCAAAAGCUGUGCCCCCCAGGACGCCAGGUAUUCCAGGCCCUCAUCUACUGUGCUCUCACCUGGGGGGCAUGCUCCUGCGCGCAGCUCACAGCCCUCUGCUCCACUCCUCAAGUUUCCAUCCCCUCUUUCCCCCGCACUCCAGGAAAGAGGGCCCUCAUCUACUGUGCUCUCACAUGGGGAGCAUGCUCCAGCGCGCAGCUCAUAGCCCUCUGCUCCACGCUCGACUUCGCCCUCAUUUACUGUGCUCUCACAUGGGGAGCAUGCUCCUGCGCGCAGCUCAUAGCCCUCUGCUCCACGCUCGACUUCUUCUCAUCCCUCGGCAUCCUUCUCUACUGCCUCGGCACCUCUUACCCCGCGCGCUUCCGCACGCAGUCACGCCGGCGAUUCAACAUCCAGCUCAUAGCCCUCUGCUCCACUCUUGACUUCUUCUCAUCCCUCGGCAUCCUUCUCUACUGCCUCGGCACCUCUUACCCCGCGCGCUUCCGCACUCAGACACGCCGGUGA